CGCGGCUUACCCACACACCACACAGAUUCCAUGUCUGAAGCACCAUCUCGGCCUGCACGAGGCAGGACCUCUGCCCGCGGCGGCAGGGGAUCAUACGGCACUCGAGGCCCAAGGAAAACAAACGGCGACAGCGCAUCCUCGACCAUUGACACAUCGGCAGACCAAGGCGAGCUUGGAGAGCUGAAGAAGCGCUACAACUCACAGCUACCCACACUGAAGGAACUGUUUCCUGAAUGGACCGAUGCCGAUCUCGUGCUCGCAAUCGAAGAAUCUGAUGGAGACCUGCAAACCACCAUCGAGAAGAUCAGUGAGGGCGCCGUCUCUCAAUUCUCAGAAGUCCCGAAGAAGGUCAAGGACAGGUCCCGCUCCAAGGCAAAGGAGAACAUCCUCCCGGCCGAUGGUACCUCCAGUCUGCGUGGUCGCCCUGACGGGGCCCGCCGUGGUGUCGAUAGCGCUCGCGGAGGCCGUGGUGGAAGAGGCACCGAUCGUGGCCGUGGUGGCAUUCGAGGCGGCCGAGGAGGGGCUGCCGCUGGACCUCGUACGGCUGCUGGAUCAGUCCCGACGAACGAGUCCUCUGCAUGGGACACAAACGCCGUUGCAGAAGAGUCCAACGACACCAAGCACGACGAGACGACUGCGCACGCGCCCGAAGCGACUCCAGAGGUCAUCAAGCCUGUCGUCGAGGCCGCAAAGAAGACUUGGGCCAGCAUGUUCGCGGCGCCCAAGCCCGCGCCUGCAGUGCCCAAACCGGCCCCGAAGCCUGCCCCCGCUGUCGCACCCGAAGUGCCUGCGCAAGUACCCGACGGACCGCCGACGAAUGAUGUUCCUGAAGAGCCAGCUGUGCCGGCCGAUGAAGAACCCAUACCCCCUCCCGCUGCAGACACGGUCAUCGAAACGCCGCCACCCACCACGAACGACACGCCCAAGAAGACGCCAGACAAACCCAUCGAGGUGGCUACGCCCGAUAUCAAUUUGACCCCAUCUGGAGACCAAUUGACACAAGAGAACGUCGAGCAUCUUCCCGACGAAUCGCACCCGCCACCUACAGAGACGGCUUUCAGCACUGUUGCAAGCUCAAAGGACAUUGGAAGUGCUGUUGCGACCCCAUUGAAUGGGCCGACGCAAGCACCUAUCGGCCGCCCCGCCAUUGGAGGAUUCCAGACGACCGCAAUGAAGGCGACUUCAGGAACCCCGCACCGCAGUGCAAGCUACCAGAGGAAGUUGGUGGAGCAACAGGAGGCAGUAGUCAUGCCUGGAAACCACGCCGUAGACAGGGCCGCUGUCCAGUUUGGAAGCAUGGGCUUGGGUGAUGGACCAGAUCCAGAUGUCGAUGAGGACAGAGAAGAGGCGGAGACUAGGACCCAACCACCACAGCACUCCCCUGUUGCUCAGCCCAGGGCUUCGCUUCCUCCCGCCCCACGCCAGGCACCCCCACAAGCGGAGGCGCAACAGCAGGAGGCCGCUCCUACACCGAAGCAGGCCCCAGGACUACCCCCUGCUCCCCAAAACCAGCCUGCUCUGCAGCAAUCACCCUCGAACCCGCUCAUGUCACAGGCGAUGCAGAACCAAGGCUCCCAGUCAAACCAACCUUACAACCAGUUUGCUAGAUAUGGUCAGCCAGGCGCCCAAACAGAAGCCUCUGCCCCGCCCCAGAAGCCGUAUGAUCCAUUCGGCCAACAAAUCCCACAGUCGAACCACUCGCAGACCCCUGGAUACGAUUACGCUGGUCAGCAAAGCCAAGCACCGUCGCAGCCUGGUGCUUUCUCAUCUGCCCCAGACAACUACCCUUCGUACCUCACAGCCGAACAACGUGCGCAGUACCAAAACUACUAUGGCAGUUACGGUCAGCCGAUUGCACAAACCCAGCAAGAAGCCGGCUCCGCGCAACAGCGCACCGGCAGUGCGUUUGGCUCUGGACCCAACGACUCAGCUUAUGCUCAGAGUCAGAUCCCACAGUCUCAGAGCCGAUACGGCGACGCACAGAACAGUGGACAUAACACUCCUAACCCAGCAGCUAUGGCUAGCCAGGGCCACGGCGCACAAGGCCAGCACGCCCAGCAUGGACAUGGCGCGGGCUACCCUUACAACCACCCCUACUACGGCAGCCCAUACUAUGCCAACUACAUGAACCAAUUCGGAGGUUACGGUCAAGGAGCAGCCGGCUACGGAUCGUUUGGAAAGGGCAUAUAUGGUCAGCCCCACCACUACGGCAUGUCACCCCAGGCCUCGUUUGACCAGCAUUCGUCUUCCCCGGCCAACGCUGGAGGCUUCGGUGCAUCCUCUCUGCAUGACCGUGGGAGCGGCGUGGCUGGUGGCUUCAGCGACUAUGGCCGUUCAGCUUCGGGCGCAUCUCAGAACCCUAGUGCGACUGCUGGAGCAGCUGGAUUUGGUGCCAUCCCCGACACCUUUACUCGACCAGGAAACUUCCACCAGAGCUCUUAUGGCCAACAGAGCGGACAAGGACUCGGUGACGAUGCCCUGAAGCCGUCGAGUGACUACAAGAGCGGGGGACCAAGCCCUUCUGCUCUUGGAGCGCAGCCUGGCCGCCCAGGGUCGGCUAACCAGAGCACGCCUGGACAAGGUGGACCUCAGCACGCGCAGCAGGGCUACGGCGGCUACCCCAGCCACCUUGGCAACAGCGGAUACGGUGGUCUCGGUGGCCUAGGACACCAGACAUCUGCCAGCCACCAACAGAGCGGCUAUGGCAACUACGGCGGAUUUGGAGGAUACGGCAACAGCUACAACCGCGGAGGUUGGGGCGGAAACUACGGACAGCACUAGACGCCGUCUCUCAUAUAAUCAUAAUUGGGAGAAAUGGGGGCGUGGCUGAAAAGGACGUGGUCAGGUCCUAUGAUGAUGAUGAAUGGGUAGGGCAAGGGUACGAUUUCUCUUUCUCCCCGUAUCUUUUGAGUUGGCUGAUGGCACGGAAAAGCAUGUUUCUUUGAUACGCUUGAUAGGGCCUCAGAUUUUGUAUUAUGACAGUCUCGUUUCUUGUUCCUCUCCUCUUGCAUCCUCUCUUUUUACGGGUCCAUUGGUUAAGUUUACGUGCUCAGUCGCGAGGCGUUUAUAUCCGCAAGGGAGGGAUAAACUCAAAAAGAUGUUUGUUUGUCUGUUUGUUUUUCAGCUCGGACUCGAGUUUUCUUCUCUGGCACUUCGGGAGAAAAUUGUACUAGGGUAUAGCUAAAGGGUUCGGAGCAAAGAGCAACACUUGAGAUCAAGCUGGCUCAACGGAGUUGGGAUGGAGCUGCUGCAGCCGAACAAUGCAAAUCAUUGAACAUGGC